UCUCCACAUGAUUAUUAAUCAAAAGGACUCUGAUAUUUCUUUUAAUAGAGACUUAUUUAAAGAUGAUAAUUUUGAUUGUGAUGAGUUUCUAUUGGAAUUUAAGAAUAAAGUUGACUUAGAAACUUUGCAGCAUGAUCUAGCUUUAUACUCAAAGGAAAUCAGCACUGAAAUAUAUGAUAUAAUAAAUGAAAAUUAUUCGGAUUUUAUAGAUUUUACGAACAAAUUAUCUGAAUUUGAAAAUACAUAUGAAAAUUUUAAUAAUCCAUUGAAAGCCUUAAAAAAUGAAAUAGAAUUAGUUUAUACUAGUAUAAAUAAUAGUGAAAAUAGUAACAAGCAAUAUCUUGAAAUAUUGAUAAAUGAUAUUGACUUUAAAAAAUUAGAAAAUAUUCUAUCAAAAAUCAUGGAUCAAUGCGAAAAACUGUUCAUAGCCUUGAUAGACCACCUAAGAUCGACACCUAGCAAGACUCAAAUAUUUACCGAUCAUUUGAAUGUCCUUUUACAGAUUUACAGCUACUUGAACCGUUACAGUGAUGCUGAGAAUAUCUUAGCAACCAAAAUGGUCGGAAUAGAUUUAGGAAAGAUAAUAGAUCUAGAGAAUCUGCAAGGCCCUCCUAAGUAUACCUGUUCUACUACAGAACGCUCAUUAAGCGGUUUAGAGACCAUUUACCGGGAAAUACUGGUAUUCGUUUCCGAAAAAUGCGAUAUAUUUAUUCACCAGACAUCGACCGAAAAAUGUGGAAUUCUUAAUGGAAUAUCUGGGUUCAACUUCUUGAAAAACUCUAUUUGGCCCGAAAUAGUUCACCUCUUCAAGGUUCGGCUAUCUGACUAUAUCUACUCCUGUAUCAAUCCAGACACGUUUCACUCGAAUUAUGUCGCCACUCUAGUUUUCCUGGACGAAUUUGAGUCCCAUUUCGGUUCGCGGAAGGAAGUUUUGGAGUUCAGGGAAACGCCUACGUAUCACGAAUUCAUAGACAAGCCCUGGAACCUGACCAUUUACUUUCAAAUUAGAUUUCAAGAAAUCGCUGGCAAUUUUGAAAGGGUUCUGCUUCAAGAUCCUUUCGCGAAAUGCGAAAGAAGCUCGGAUAUUAAUGAAAAAAAUUUACCACCUUACAAUUUACUUUCAACCAUGUGCAUGCAUACCUCGAUUCAAACCUGUUGGGAUAGGCGCCAAACAUUUCUUCCUCCCUUGUCCCAAAAAUUUUGGAAAUUAACUCUUCAAAUUUUGUCUAGACAUCGUUUUUGGAUUGAAAAGGAUUUCAUAGCCGAUAUCGAGAACUAUACUGAUUGGUCAACCUUGACGCUCGGUUUGUUGGUGGAUAUCGAUUUAUUCAUUGCCCAAUUACCGUUGAUCUAUUCCACGUGUAUAGAACCUGCUUUAUCGGAAUCGUUCGACAACUUAGAUUCUUCUGAAGCUCUUGAAUGCCGAUUGAAAUUUAACGACACGGUAUGUCAAUCAACCAUAUCCGAAUACCAAUCAGGCGUAAUACCUCAUCUCAAAAAGUUAUUGAUAAACAAGUUGCUCGUUAAUGAUCCCUCCAAUGAACGUUGUUUUGACAAAAUAUUUGACAUACCAAAGACCUACAGACACACUAAAAGGACCCCUCAAAAUCCCUCGGAUUACGUAAACGAACUUGUGCGUUCUUUCGAAAAAUUUGUAAAUAAAAUUAGCACAGGGCUAAUGAUAGAUGGCGCAAAAGAUGGCGAACCUAUUAAAACCGAAAUACUGUCCCAAGCUUUGAGAUCAUUUACUAUAAAAUACGGCGCUAAGAUAAAAGAACUCCUUUCAAAUGUCCAAAGAACGGAAGAAAGUUUGAUGAGGUUAAAAAAGGUAAAAGGGCUUCUGACAACCCCCAACAACCCGGAUAACGCAUUAGCUCAAAUUUCUCCUAUUACAAACUUAGUAACCGACGAGUCUAAAAUCAAGCUGCAGAUCAGAAUAGAUGUUCAAAGUUACAUAAAAUUGAUGAAAGGGUUCGAAUUGAAUCUUUUUAUCGAAGACAAUAGUUUUGAAGCCUUAAACGAUUUGGUUAAAGAAUGAUCGGCAAAAAACAAAUGGGAAAAGGUCAUGUUAAAGAAAUUUUUAAG